UGGCUGUGGAGUGGGAAGGGGAGGUAUGAGGAGGGCCAGCCACCAGCACCUGGGUGCCAGUCGACAUCCUUCCAGGACUAAGCAGAAACCCAAACAUGGCAAUGGGGCGUGAGGGAGGGGCUGGGCAAGGAGUGUUGACCUACUUGUGCGCUGUGUUGCAUUCACCAAGGGAGAGCUUAAUCCUGGCCAGGGACCCUGGCGGAUGAUGCCAGAGGAAGGUGAAGAGUGCUUCUGAGUAUAUGCAGAGUGCCUGCCUGUCCCCUCUGUUGAGGGCUUGGAGGAGGCUUCUGGGCCAGAUAGCCUGGCUCAGCCUGUGCAACUGCUUCCUGGCGGAGGUGCCUGUAUAUUUUGUUUAUUUUAGACUGAGAUGCCCCAGUUAAAUCAGAGAGGGUGAGACUAAAGCUGGGGGCGGGGGACUGAAGAGGGUGAAAAUAACCCUUCUCCCCUACACUGGCACAGCUCUGAUCUCGGCAGUAGGAAGCUUGCUUGAGAUGCAGCAGCAGAGGAAGGAAGGGGGCAUGGUGGGGGGGGGGACCAAGCACGCCCUCGCCUUUCUGCAAGCAGGACCCAGCUCGGGCUUGCGUUGCUGCUUGUUUCCAGUUUUGGGAUGCAGGUGAUUCAUGCUCCCCGAAACGUGCUUGGCGGAGAGGUGGCGCUCCUCGCUGGUCGUUGGUGACAACCAAACCCCCAAAUGCUUUUGCCUCUCUUGGAGCUGCGUCCCGAGGCAGAGAGACCUUCGGUCCAGAGGUUUGCCCAGCCGGGCCCACUUUCUUCCAAGAGACUCCCUGGGAUCAUUGGCUCCUGCCUUGGGGCCUGUGCCUCUUGCCAGCGCUGCCCACUCUGCCCCUUCCCAUCCACAGGCCCACGGGGAGUCAGCAAUGAACAAGCUGCGCCAGAGCCUGAGACGCAAGAAGCCGGCAUACGUCCCAGAGGCAAGUCGCCCACACCAGUGGCAGGCGGAUGAAGAGGCUGUGCGCAAGGGGUGCUGCAGCUUCCCGGUGCGGUAUCUGGGGCAUGCUGAAGUGGAGGAGUCCCGAGGCAUGCACGUUUGUGAAGAAGCUGUGAAGAAGCUGAAAGCGAGUGGCCGCAAGUCUGUGAAAUCUGUGCUGUGGGUCUCGGCAGACGGGCUGCGUGUUGUCGAUGACAAGACCAAGGAUCUCAUCGUUGACCAGACAAUUGAGAAAGUCUCGUUCUGUGCACCGGAUCGUAAUUUUGACAAGGCCUUUUCUUACAUCUGCCGGGACGGCACUACUCGCCGCUGGAUAUGCCACUGCUUCCUGGCGCUGAAAGAUUCGGGUGAGCGCUUGAGCCAUGCUGUGGGCUGCGCCUUUGCCGCUUGUCUGGAGCGCAAGCAGAAGCGUGAGAAAGAGUGUGGCGUGACCGCUUCUUUCGAUGCCACUCGCACCAGCUUUGCACGGGAGGGCUCCUUCCGCUUGCCGGGCCCCCCUGGCCCCCCCACCACACGUUCCUCAGGAGCACGGCCCCCACAGGACAGGAAGAAAGCCGAAGCUGCCGUGGUACCCGUGGCCCCUUCCCCGGCUCCCGCCCAGCCGGACAGUGCCUCUCCACCCCAAGGGGCCACAUCGCCAGAGGAGAAGGCUGAGGUGGGGGCCCCCCAUGUCAUCCCCCGCCGACAUGCCCCCCUGGAGCAGCUGGUGCGCCAGGGCUCUUUCCGCGGCUUCCCCACCCUGAGCCAGAAGAAUUCGCCCUUUAAGAGGCAGCUCUCCUUGCGGCUGAGUGAUCUCCCGUCCACACUGCAGCGCAAAGCGCACACGGGGGAUGCGGUGUUGGAGCUCGUCUCAGCUGCCAUUGGGGACUCGGAGGGCAGCGGUGCCCUCGGUGACCAGCUCGACACGCCCUUCACCCAGCCGAGCGGGGAGCCCCCCUGUGCUGCAGCUGCCAGUGGCUCCACAGGCCACGCCCCUUCCCUGAUGUCUGUAGACGGCGCAAGCACAGGUCUCACCAUGUGGCCCGACUCCGCUGCGGGAGCCCCCCCGAGCCCCCCGUUCCAGCCUGGGCACAAGCGGACUCCGUCAGAGGCAGAACGUUGGCUGGAGGAGGUUGCCCAGACUGCCAAGGCCCAGCAGCAGGUGGCCGUGGCCGUGGCGGCGAUGCCCCCUCCAUUCCCUCCAUUCCCUCCGGGCUACGAUGCACCCACCCCACCCGUGGGGUGUGUGUUCGUGCCGCCUCAUGUGCCACCAGCUUUUGUGCCCGUGGGCCCAGCCUACCCACCCGCUGUGCCCCUCGCUGCCAUGCCCAGCGUGCCGGUGGUGGGCAUCACCCCCUCCCAGAUGGUGGCCCAUGUCUUCUGCUCUGCUGCGCAGACCCCUGCCACCAACUUGGGGGCCAAGGCCAGCCCUUUCCCUCAGAAUCUGCUGGGGCCAGUUCAGCCUAAACCCAAUGGGACAGCCUGGCCCCCAGAGCGGAGCCAGCCGGCAGCACCAGCCCCACGGCAGGAGCCAUCUGACCCUUUCGAAGCCCAGUGGGCAGCGCUGGAGAGCAAGGCCCCCACCACUGCCCCCAACCCCUUCUCUGGCGACCAGCAGAAGACCUUUGAGAUUGAACUGUGACCCCCCCUCCUCUCCAGGGACUGGACAAUGUAGACCCCUCCCACGUCCCUCAUGGAACCUCCCGUGGCCGGAUCUUGCCGCUGGCAUUGAGGCCCAGCUGAACCGUUGCCCCUGCUCUGUGACCCUCCUGUGACCAGAUCUCCAGAGCAGGCACUCCCCUCUCCCCACCAGAGAGCCUACAUUUGAGGGUCCCUGUGAGCAAGAAGAUGCUGGGGCGGGGGCGGGGGGGGAGCAGGCAGAACAUUUGGGGACUGGUUGCACUGGUGGGUAGGGGCAGGCUUCAUGGGCUGGAUGUGCUUUAGGGCAUUGUCCCAGGAGGGUUCUGGUGUUGCAACUGGUAAAAUGUCCCCCUCAACUGGGGAGGGGGGCACUCUAGUGGGCAGCAGUCAGUAUAUUUCUCCAUAGGGAUGAGAACAGGACAGAGCAGACAGAAUGGAGAACUGGGCCUCGCUGGGCCUCCGCUCUAGAAUUCUUGUGGGGGUGGGCAUUUGAGACGGGGGGGGGUGAGUCCAGCUGGUCUGGUGCCCCAUUCGCCUGAGACCUCCCUCUUGCAGCUGUGCUUCCCUCUUUGUGUGGGUUUCAUGUGGUACCAGAGAGACUCCUUCUGUCGCAGACAUUUCGGGUUUUUUCUGUUUGUGGGUUCCCUCCAAUUUAAAGCUGAAAUCGAGCUCCCACCUCCUCAAUCGCUGAAUCAGUGUCUCUAGGACAGCCCCGCCUCUUCUCCCUUCUGUCAUCUCAGCACCACCCCAGGAGCACCCCGGAGUGCCCUAGUCCCUCUACCAGGGAGGGAGCGCGCUGCUCUGCCUAGAUCAGAACGUGGCUUGGGAACUUGUGGGUGGGAAUGGGGCGACACCCUAGCAGGAGGCAGCCUGGGAGGGCAGCGGGGCAGGACUGCUGGACCCCCUGCAGGAGCAGAAGGCGCUCCAGCCGUGGGACCAGCUACUCCAGGCCCUUUGCCCCUCCCUCCUCCAGGGACGGGCUCCUCUUUCCAAACCAUGUCUUGGGGAGGGGGAGGGCAAAAGCUAGGGUGGCUGCAACUUGAGGACAAAGAAUUCUCAAACAGAGGGUUCAAUUCAACAUUGCCAGGAAGAAAAACGUUCUUGUAAUUUCAUCAGUACCGACAUUCCCAGUUGUGAGUGCAGCUGAAUUUAGGGACUGGGAAUGCAAUCUCCCCAUAUGUAAAUAAUUUGGAAUAAAUUUAAAUGUGUUUGGGUCAGAUUUUAGAAACACAUUUGACAGUAUCAAAAUAAGAUUGCACCAGUAUUUGAAACUAGUGCAGAAUCUGGACUUGUGUUUUGGCCCAUGGGGGGUGGGAGGAAGGAAAAGGACUUGCAAGGGAUAGCAGUUGGGAGGGGGGAGUGGUGGCCUGUGCCCAGAUGCCCUGGCUGCAUAAUGUCGAGAGGGGAGGCUGUGAUUGCCUGUCCCACCCCAAGUGCCCGGAUACUGAAAAAGGAGGGGAUAAUAUUUUCUAUCUUAUUUCCAAAUGUUUUGUAUCAAAGAUUCCUGCAUAUUUGUAUUAUAACAAAUAAAGCCCGUAAUAUAAGAGUUCA